AUGGCCGCUAGAUCCCGCCUUCCCCUCAUUGCCGGCCUCGGUGCCGCCACCUUUGGUGGUUACUACAUGUACAGAGCUGGCGGUAGCCCUAAGGUUGCCGAGAAGCAGAUGGANGCGGACGACCUGCCCGGCCGCGCCAAGGAGCUCAAGACCGAGGCAAAGGUCUACGGCGAGCAGAUUGGCCAGAAGAUUGACCACGCCGACGCCCGCGACAAGACCCGCGAAUUCGACGCCAAGUUCGAGUCGUACCGCGCCGACGCAGAAAAGAACAUCGACCAGUACAGAAAGGAGGCCAACAAGGAGUUUAACAGCGCCGUCGACACCUUUGACAAGAAGGUCGGCGACGCCGCUGCCAACGCAAAGGCCACUGUCGAGGUCAAUGCCGAAAAGGCAAAGAGCGGCUUCUCCAGCUGGUUCGGCGGCAAGUAA